AUGGCUGAUAACCUGAAAAUCGGAAACCUCUCCCUCAACGACUCCCAGCACGCGCCAAACCAGACCGGACGCUCCGCCUACAUUCCUCCGCACCUCCGUGGUCAGGCUCGUCAGGCUGCCGCCGCUGAGUCUGCCGCUGGUCCCUCUGCCGUUGACGGCCCUGACGGCCCUGCUCCCGGUCAGAACGGCCGCCCUGCCGGCAUGAACGCCAGCGCCUGGGCUCCAGGAGCCCCGAAUAACGCACCUGGGUGGGGUGCUGGGGACUACGGUCCUCGUGGCGGUCCGGCCGUGAAUGGUAAUUCUGGCUGGGGUCAACCCGCCGGCUCCCGUCGUACUUUCGAUCCACAUGCUUACGGUCACCCAGGCCAUCAAGGUCAACAGGGCGGAAACUACGGCGGCGGCGGCGCUGCCAGAGGCUCUGGUGAUGGCCAGUGGCGUGAUGGAAAGCACAUUCCCGGUCCCUCGAACGCUCGUCUCGAACGCGAACUCUUCGGUGUCCCCAACGAUCCCAGCAAGCAGCAUACCGGUAUCAACUUCGCCAACUACGAUGAUAUCCCCGUCGAGGCUUCCGGCCAGAAUGUCCCCGAGCCCGUUAGCACCUUCACCAACCCUCCUCUGGACGACCAUUUGAUCUCCAACAUCAAACUCGCCUCCUACAAGGUGCCUACCCCGGUCCAGAAGUAUUCCAUCCCGAUUGUCAUGGGAGGCCGCGACUUGAUGGCCUGUGCCCAGACUGGUUCCGGAAAGACUGGUGGUUUCUUGUUCCCAAUCCUCUCUCAGGCAUUCCAGAACGGACCCUCCCCGGCUCCCACUCAGCAAGGCGGUCAGUUCAGCUACGGCCGUCAGCGCAAGGCUUACCCUACCUCGCUCAUCUUGGCUCCCACCCGUGAGCUUGUCUCUCAGAUUUAUGACGAGGCUAGGAAGUUUGCUUACCGCUCCUGGGUUCGCCCUUGUGUUGUCUACGGAGGAGCUGAUAUCGGCUCCCAGCUUCGCCAGAUUGAGCGUGGUUGUGACCUUCUCGUUGCCACUCCCGGCCGUCUUGUCGAUUUGAUUGAGCGCGGCCGCAUCUCGCUCUGCAACAUCAAGUACCUUGUCCUUGAUGAGGCUGAUCGUAUGCUUGACAUGGGUUUCGAGCCUCAAAUCCGCCGCAUUGUCGAGGGUGAAGACAUGCCCCCAGUUGCUGGCCGUCAGACCCUCAUGUUCUCGGCCACUUUCCCACGCGACAUCCAGAUGCUCGCCCGUGAUUUCUUGAAGGAUUACGUCUUCCUUUCCGUCGGCCGUGUCGGUUCUACCUCCGAGAACAUCACCCAGAAGGUCGAGUAUGUUGAGGACAACGAUAAACGCUCCGUCUUGCUCGAUAUUCUGCACACUCAUGGCGCUGGGUUGACCCUCAUUUUCGUCGAGACCAAGCGUAUGGCUGAUUCUCUGUCCGAAUUCCUCAUCAACCAGCACUUCCCAGCCACUGCCAUUCACGGUGACCGCACUCAGCGAGAGCGUGAGCGUGCCCUUGAGUACUUCCGUAACGGUCGCUGCCCCAUCCUGGUGGCUACCGCUGUUGCUGCCCGUGGACUCGACAUUCCCAAUGUCACUCAUGUCGUCAACUAUGAUCUGCCCACCGACAUUGACGACUAUGUUCACCGUAUCGGUCGUACCGGUCGUGCUGGAAACACCGGUAUCUCUACUGCUUUCUUCAACCGUGGAAACCGCGGUGUUGUCCGUGACCUCAUCGAGCUGCUCAAGGAGGCCCACCAGGAAGUCCCAUCCUUCCUCGAGAACAUUGCCCGCGAGGGCUCUGGAUACGGCGGCCGUGGAGGUCGUGGCCGUGGCCGUGGCUCUGCCGGAGCCAACCGUGAUAUGCGUCGCAUGGGUGGCGGAAUGGGCGGUCCCCCUUCUUAUGGCGGCGGUGGUAACUACGCUGCUCCCCAAAGCUACGGUGGCGGUGGUGGAAACUAUGGCGGUGGUCCAUAUGGUGGCGGCUACGGAGGUGGUGGCUACGGCAAUCCAUCCGGCCCAACUGGCCCAUCUUCCUGGUGGUAAACUACUAUCACUUAUCGCUACCGUAGAUGAAGCUAGCACUUGCUGACUUCCUUUACAAUACCUGAACUUUUUUUAUUGUUUCCUUUGCCUUUACCGUUUCAAUUUCUCACGACUGAAAAGUGACGUUUCUGUUCUAUCGAGAGGAACCAAAAAAAAAAAGGAGUGAAGAGGAUAGGAUAUACCAAACACACCCACAAGAUAAGGAGAGGAGGGAGCGGCUUUUUUUUACGAUCUGCUACGAAUUUCUCUUCCCCUUUUUUACCUAUUGAAAUCUUUGAUAUCCCUUCCUUUUCGUUUCUUUUUUAAAUCUUCCCAUCUUACCCAUCUUCCCUUUGUUUUCAACUAUUCAACCCGCAUCGGCCUUUAUACGCCACAAAACGAAACAAAAAAAAACCUUCAAAAAAACCAAGAAACAAGAAAACACCAAAAUAAUGCGGUUGUUAUCGAGUUUUCCCGUCUUUUGCAUCCAUCAACACCUCCACAGAGACGCUCAAUGGUCUGUCUGACUCGAAAGAUGGGACUGCCUUGUUUUCCUUCUCUUCAUCUUUUUCCUUGCUUCCUUCAAACGUCAACGCAAUGGGCCCAGGAGAGUCGUCUAUCUCUAUCGAGCCUUUGCUCUUCUCUGCAUUGUCUUAUCUUGUUCUCAAUUUUUCGUUUUCCCUAUUCUUUUCUUUCCUUGCCGUCGUCCUUUUUUUUACCUCUUUCUCCGGCAUACGAGGAAGAAAAAGGAAGAAGCCAAAUAGGGGAAACCAAAUUCUACCACCAAAAAUCGGGAAUCGGGGAAAUCUGAAUUUGCAUGAAGAUCAUAUAGACCAGCGUUGAUUGUGGAGUGUUUUUUUUAUCUGUUUCCUUUAUGUCUUCUCAUGUUUCUUACGAUGCUCUCUGCUUUUCUUGAUGGGUUUUUGUUUCUGCUUCUGCUUCUGUCUAUGGCUUGUCUAUGAGAUACCCCCCAA